GCGGACGACCACGGCGGUCCCGUCAGUCGCGUGCCGCCGGGGGACACACACACACGACACGCUGCGCGCCGUGGCCACGCAACCGCACAGUACCGUCGUCGUAGCCGCCGCUGCCGUCACUUUGCCACGCGAGUUCACGCCGCGAACUUUACCACGUUGCUACACGCCGAUGCGACGAUGAAGCCGAAGUUUGGUGGUGGCCACCGCCGCCGCGUACCGAUCAUGACGUGGUGCCGAGCCUCGUUCGCGGUGACGGUCGUCGGACUGUUAUGCCAGUUCACAACGGCCGCCGCGCCUCCAGUGGUUAUGGAUGAUCCAGAAUUUACGGAACCUAUAGUGAACGUGACAGUACCUGCAGGACGUAGUGUAAAGCUAGGAUGCUCCGUCAGAAAUCUGGGAUCAUAUAAGGUAGCUUGGAUGCAUUUCGAACAGUCCGCCAUAUUGACGGUAAACAGUCACGUGAUCACUAGAAAUCCAAGGAUCACGGUGUCACAUGACAAGCACAGGACGUGGUUUUUGCACAUAAACAACGUGCAGCAAGAAGACCGCGGCCGUUACAUGUGCCAAAUAAAUACGAUCACGGCUAAAACUCAAAUUGGUUAUCUAAAUGUCGUCGUUCCGCCGUCGAUUUCCGACUCGUUGAGCAGUUCUGAUGCAAUAGUUCGAGAAGGAUCAAACGUAUCACUUACGUGCCAUGUGGACGGGUACCCUAAACCAGAAAUAAAAUGGAAACGUGACGACGGUUUGCAAAUCAACAUCAACAAAACGUUAACUGUGAGCGAAUGGGCGGGACCCACGUUGGAACUGCAUCGGAUCAGCCGGUUGGACAUGGGCGCCUACCUGUGCAUAGCCACCAACUCCGUGCCGCCGUCGGUCAGUAAACGCAUCAAAGUCAGCGUGGACUUCCCGCCGAUGCUGUGGAUACCGCAUCAGCUGGUCGGCGUGCCGCUGGGCUACAACGUGACGCUGGAGUGUUACACGGAAGCGCACCCCACGUCGCUGCACUACUGGACCCGGGACAACGGGCAGAUGUUGCACGACAACGGCAAGUACAAGGCGGUGUCCGUGCAGGGGAUGCCGUCGUACAAGGUGCAGAUGAAGCUGACCAUCGUGGACGUGUCGCACACCGACUACGGCGUGUACAAGUGCGUGGCGAAGAACUCGCGCGGCGAGACCGACGGCACGAUCCGUCUGUACACUUCACACCCACCCACUCUGGCACCAGAACUUCAACGCACGGAGAAUCCCUCCCCUUCUGGCAUCCCAGCUUUAGGUCCGCAGUGGUCGACCGAUGGGAGUAACGGUUUAGAAAACGGUACGUCGAACGAGGCGAAUGGAAAGGAUGGAAAAAAAGAUGAUGAUUCCGUUUUAAACGAGAUCACUCGGUCCGGACAAACGUACAACAAACCGAAGAAUUCUGUCAUGUAUAACAGGCCAGAGACGACGAAAAAUUCGUCUCCAAGACUGAUUCCGACCGUAUCGGCAAUGGUCUUGACGGCCGUCAUCAUCCACGUGUUUUCCAGACAGAACGAGCGGAGGAUGAUGUAAAUGUACAAUUUUUUUUUUUUGCACAGAACAAAAUAGCGCAAAAAAAAAAACUUAAACUAAUAAAUACAGUAAUUAAUAAUAAGCUCAACUUUCUCAGCCACUUCCUUCUCCAUCACACAUAUAUCAUCACCGUGUGUUGCUCUCUUCCGGAAAACCACGACCCACCCCCAAACCCUGAACAACAUUGUAUUGUUAUAAUACCCAGUCGGUCUGAAAAAAAAAAAAAGUAAAG